AUGGCCAACGGCACCGUCAACAGCAGAAGGUCGACCUCUUUUGAAAAUAUCGACAGCGACUCAGAGACCACAUCCAUUGGAGGUUCGAAUGGGCUAGACAACACAGCCUUUCCACUCUCGGUAGAGAAAUUAAAUGGAAAAAAUUUCUGUGAGUGGGCUCAAUCCAUAAAAUUGGUAAUUAAAGGAAAAGGUAGGCUAGGUUAUCUUACCGGUGAACGGAGGAAACUAGACUCUACCGACGUUGCAGCCUUACAAAAAUGGAGAUCCGAAAACUCCAUGGUCACCGCUUGGCUCGUCAACUCGAUGCAACCGUCAAUCGGGAAAAUCUACUUGUUCUUUCCAAUAACGAAUGAAGUCUGGGACGCCGUUCGUGAGGCAUAUUCCGACGUCGAGAGUUACUCGCUGAUCUUUGAGAUCAAGACCCAAUUGUGGCAGAUGAGGCAAGGUGAGCUCGAUCUGAGCAUCGAAGAAGAAUAG